AUGACAAGAGUACCGACAAAAUUUACCACAGAACCGAAGAGUUCUGUUAUUGCUUAUAAGAACUGGGACACAAUUCUCAAAUGUGACAUGUUUGGUUACCCUUCACCUGUGAUUACAUGGACAAGAUCACGCAAGGAACUUCCCGUCAACAGACAUGUCAUUUAUGGCGAUACACUUGCGAUUACAAACACGACGGAAGACGAUGGUGGUGCUUACGUUUGCCAAGGAGCUAAUGAACUGGGGAGUGUGAUGGCAGUGAUAUGGAUCUUUGUAAAAGAUGUUGUAAAUCCCUUCAUUGUGUCAAGUCCUUCCUACGAAAUUCAAGUGCAGAAUGUUGGCGAUACUGUCAAGUUAAACUGUUCUGCUCGUGGCUUGCCGUUACCUAAAGUCAAGUGGUUCAAGGAUGGACGACUUGUUAUUUCUAAGGCGAAGCAUGACGUAACGGAUGUAAUUAAGGGUGAAUUUGUGAUUCAUCGCUUCAAGCCGAGUGACGCUGGGAUCUACAAGUGUCUGUUUUAUAAUGAUAAGAAUGGGACAGCCGAAGCCAGCACAUCUUUGAGUAAGUAAACGAUUAACUUUGUUUUGCUUAGCGGUAGAAAUCGAAAACAUUUGUUUGUUUUUAGUUUUUCAGAAAAAUACAGGCAUAUUAAAUGAUAUCAGGCUCUUCUUUACAAGCUGUAGAUGUGCUGUUAAAGAACGAUUUACAAUUAUAAAACUAAUAUACUGUAGAUGACAUUGUUGAAGAGACCUCAGUUACAUCAGUUGGUGGUUUUGUACUUGAAUAUCGGAAGAAACUCGCUCAUAAGCGAUCUACCAAACAAUUGACACCGCUAGUUGUAUAAAAUGUCUCAAUGUUUAACCACUAUAGCUUGAAUGUUGUUUCAAUAAACAAAGUUUGACAUCAGUUCGGCAGUUUAUGCCGACCUAUUGCUUGGGCGAAAUAGGGUUAGUUAAUAUCA